AUGGUCAAUGAUUUACAAUGCGGUUCGGGGAGGCCUAGCAAUUGGAAAUUCGUUGAUGAUGUUACUAUCUCUGAGGGAUUAUUAAGGAAUGGGGAACCGUCUGUAAUCCAGUCUGAUUUAACUUCUAUAGCUACAUGGGCAUCUAAUAACCUGAUGAAAUUGAACGCUAAGAAAUGCAAAGAGAUGCAAAUUUGUUUCUUUCGGAACAAACCUGAACUACCACACUUGUGUGUUGAAGACCAGAUCUUAGAAUGUGUAUCGUCGCACAAGGUUCUUGGAUUGAUUAUCCAGGAUGACCUUAAGUGGAACGAACAUAUUUCGAUGAUUGUUACCAAAGCAUCCAAGCGACUGCAUAUCCUACGUGUCCUACGACGGGGAGGGAUCCCACCGCACGACCUUAUCACAAUUUAUUAUGCAUUGAUUAGAUCUACAUUAGAAUAUUGUUGUACAGUAUGGCAUUGUGGUCUACCUAUGUAUCUGUCUGAACAAGUCGAGAAAAUUCAAAAACGUGCACUGAGGAUUAUACUGCCAGGUCGAUCCUACGGUGAAGCGCAAGAAAUGUUGCA